CUGGCCUCAGUCCCGCCCCCUGGUUCCUCUGUGUUUUUUUACGCGAAGGUAACCGAUGGGGAUUGGAACGGAGGCUGUUGAGCUGCAGCAGCUGCUGGCGUCUGAGGGGAGCCUUCUGUGGUCGUCGGCCUAAUGAGCGGACGGCAAAGAACGCUUUUCCAGACGUGGGGCUCAAAAGUUUCUCGGUCCACUGGGGAUCCUACUUGCAACUCUGGAACUGAGCGGCCUCAGAGCACAGGCAUCUCCAGGGCGCGUUUUCAACCUGCAGUGGCAGAGGCGGCAGGGGCGGCCGAGGUUGAGCCCGAGUCAGACGAUGAUGUGUUGCUGAUCGCGGUGUACGAAGCAGAGAGGCAGCUCAAUCUAGAGAAUGGCGGGUUCUGCACCUCAGCGGGCGCCCUGUGGAUUUACCCUACUAAUUGCCCAGUGCGAGACUACCAGCUGCACAUCGCCAGGACCGCCCUGUUCUGCAACACGCUGGUCUGUCUGCCCACCGGGUUGGGAAAGACCUUUAUUGCCGCUGUGGUCAUGUACAAUUUCUACCGCUGGUUCCCUUCUGGCAAGGUGGUUUUCAUGGCCCCCACGAAACCCCUGGUGACACAGCAGAUCGAGGCUUGCUACCGGGUGAUGGGUAUCCCGCAGUCCCACAUGGCCGAAAUGACAGGAUCUACUCAAGCUUUCACCAGAAAGGAAAUCUGGAGCAGUAAGAGGGUUCUUUUCCUUACGCCUCAAGUCAUGGUAAAUGAUCUUUCUAGAGGAGCUUGCCCAGCUGCUGAAAUAAAGUGUCUAGUUAUCGAUGAAGCUCAUAAAGCCCUUGGAAAUUAUGCUUAUUGCCAGGUUGUAAGAGAACUAGUCAAAUAUACGAAUCACUUUAGAAUCUUGGCUCUUAGUGCCACACCAGGUAGUGAUAUAAAAGCUGUGCAGCAGGUUAUUACUAAUCUACUCAUUGGGCAAAUAGAGCUUCGUUCUGAAGACUCUCCAGAUAUUUUGCCAUACUCUCAUGAAAGACAAGUUGAAAAGCUUGUUGUUCCUCUUGGUGAAGAACUUGAAGCUAUCCAAAAGGCAUAUAUACAGAUUUUGGAAGCAUUUGCCAGUUCUUUGAUUCAGAAGAAUGUUUUGAUGAGAAAAGAUAUUCCCAAUCUAACAAAAUACCAGAUAAUUCUUGCAAGAGAUCAAUUUAGGAAAAACCCAUCUCCAAACAUGGUGGGAAUCCAACAAGGCAUAAUCGAGGGAGAGUUUGCUAUUUGUAUUAGUUUAUAUCAUGGUUAUGAAUUAUUGCAGCAAAUGGGAAUGAGAUCAUUAUAUUUCUUCCUCUGUGGAAUUAUGGAUGGAACUAAAGGAAUGACUCGGGCAAAAAAUGAACUUAGCCGAAACACGGACUUCAUGAAACUCUAUGAUCAUCUGGAUAGCAUGUUUGCACAUACACGUAGUACUUCAACAAGCGGCGUUUCUGCUAUCCAGAAAGGAGGUAAAGAUAAAAAGUUCUGCUAUAGUCAUCCAAAAUUAAAGAAAUUAGAAGAAGUUGUAGUUGAACACUUCAAGUCAUGGAAUGCCCGAAAGACGUCUGAUAAGAAGUGUGAUGAGACCAGAGUUAUGAUCUUCUCUUCAUUUCGAGAUAGUGUUCAAGAAAUUGCAGAAAUGCUUUUACCGCAUCAGCCAAUUAUUAGAGUAAUGACUUUUGUUGGACAUGCCUCGGGAAAAAGCAUGAAAGGUUUUACGCAGAAGGAGCAACUGGAGGUAGUGAAACAAUUUCGUACUGGUGGUUACAAUACGUUGGUGUCCACUUGCGUUGGUGAAGAAGGUUUGGAUAUCGGAGAAGUUGACCUUAUAAUAUGUUUUGAUGCCCAGAAGAGCCCAAUUCGUCUUAUACAGCGAAUGGGUAGAACCGGCCGCAAACGUCAGGGCAGGAUUGUUGUUAUCCUUGCUGAAGGACGAGAGGAACGCACUUAUAAUCAAAGUCAGUGCAACAAAAGAAGUAUUUACAAAGCUAUUUCAGGUAAUAGGCAGGUCCUUCAUUUUUACCAAGGAAGUCCACGAAUGGUUCCUAAUGGAGUCAACCCACAAUUACAUAAGAUGUUCAUUACACAUGGUGUCUAUGAACCAGAGAAGCCUUCUCGGAACUUGCAGCGAAAGUCAUCUAUCUUUUCCUAUAGGAAUGGAAUAAAGCAGAGUAAUUCAAAGGACGAUUGGUUCUUAUCAGAAGAAGAAUUUAAAUUAUGGAAUAGACGAUAUAGAUUAAAAGACACUGAUGAAAUUCAGGAAAUAACAUUGCCUCAAGUUCAGUUUCUAUCUUUACACAAUGAAGAGAACAGACCAACUGAAGAACCAACCGUUGGAAUUCGUCAACUGUCUCUCUCUGAAUGGAGAUUAUGGCAGGAUCAUCCUUUGCCUACAUAUCAAGUUGACCAUUCAGAUCGAUGUCACCAUUUCAUAAAUAUUAUGCAAAUGAUAGAAGGAAUGAGACAUGAAGAGGGAGAAUGCAGCUAUGAAUCAGAAAUUAAAUCUUACUUACGAAUGGAAGAUGUUAGCUCAGCGUCUAGUGCUCUGAGAAAUGAAUAUAAUCCUUUUGCCGAUGGCACCUUUACAAAUAACAGGAAGUCCUCAUUUGCAAAUAUAAAUCACAGGAAAUCAGUCUCAAUGACAGAAUCUGAUGAAGAGUGUACUGAAAUUUUUAAACAAAUUCCUGUCAAAUCUACUAAAAUUCCUUCUUUAAAAAAGAAGGCCUCUGAAAACCUGAAAAAGGAUCAGCCUAAAAAGGAAAAUAAGGAUGUUGUCAUGGAGCCCUUAGACACGGACGGCAGUUCUACCACUGAACAUGUUCUUCAGGUGGACCUGCGAAAUGGUAGAAGGGCAUCAGAUACGGGUGAAGUCACUGCCACAUAUGCUGUCGGUGAAAGUGGAGGCCACCCGUCAUGUGGAUUACUAACGGAUUGUCAGUUUACAAUUAAAUCGACUAGUUCAUUUACUGGAAAUUUUUUUGAUUCUGGUUAUAACAGUUUCAGUGAUGAGAAAUCUUUUUCAGCUAGCUUAUUUCUUUCAUUUGAGGAUGAGCUUGAUAUAGCAAAAACAGAUGACCAAUUUUUUCAUUGUCAUUCAUUAACAAAAGAGGUGCUAGCUAAUGUAGAGAGAUUUUUAUCACAUUCUCCUCCGCCUCUCAGUGGACUCUCAGAUUUGGAAAAUGAAAUUUCUGAGGGUUCUGCACUUGAAAACUUGGUUUUUCUACCCUACUCAGAGUGCUUACAGAAUGAUAAAUCCACCAAUUUAAUGUCAUGUUCAGCUGUAAAUUCUCAACAGAAUUUAGAAUUGAAUUCACUUAAGUUUAUUACUCAUCCUUCUGAAAAAACUUGCCUUUAUGGUACAACGAAUGAGAAGAUUUCUGAUGAACCAAGCUUCUGUGACUCUGAUAAAGUACAUAAAGAUAGUAAAAAUGAACAUUUAGUAUCCAACAAUCAAAUUCAGAUAAACAUCGGCCCUUCAAAGGAUAUUGCUGAAGAAAAGAAUCAUGAUGUUGAUAACAGUGACCUCCCAAUAUUGCAUACUGCUCAGGAUGAAAGUUUAUUGUUAUUUGAAGAUGUUAAUACGGAGUUUAAUGAUGUGAGCCCUCCUCCCUUGAACAGUAAAUGUGAAUCCUUAUGUAUAUCAGACAGAACUGCUGUAAGUGAAAUGGCACUGGUCUCUCAGUUCUUCAUUUCUGAUGAACUUUUGUUAGAGAACGAUUCUGAACCCCAAGAUCAAAUUGUCUGUGAUACUCAUAGUUGGAAAUCUCAUGAAGGUUUGAGAGGUAUACAUGAGGGAAAAUUGAAUAAUGAUGAAAACAGUUUUGACUGCUCUAAGGAUUUAUUUUCUGUUACUUUUGAUUUAGGAUUUUGUAGUACAGGUUCUGAGGAUGAAGUAGUGGACCAUGCAUCAGAUACAAAUAGUAAAAUUUUAGAUGAUCUACCUGGAAGGCGUUUAGACAUUAAGCAGAUUAAUGGUACAAAUUGUGUUUCAAAUCAAGCAGUCAUGUCAGGAGCCCAUGUUGAUAAUUCUACAAGUGUAACAACUACCCACCCAUCAAGUGAAGAUAAGCAGAGUCCAGCUUUUUCAUGUUUUUCAAUGAAUGCAACAAAAAGUAAAGAAUUUAUGUCUCCUAGUUACUCUCAGUUUUCGUUGCCAGUAGGAGAGAAAGUUAUGAGCACACCACUUUCUGAAUCAAAUAUAUUGAACUCAUCUCCCAAGAAGAGAAUAGAAAUGGCUAAAAAGUCAGGUUCUAACAUGGGAAAAGUAAAUCUACACAAAGAAACAUUGAAUUCAACUUUUGGUGAUUCAGGACUUUCUACAGGAAAGUGUAAAAGCAAGAAACAAAUCAAUCUGCAUCAAGCCUGCCAUUCUACUGAAGAUGAACAAUUAUCAACCCAUGAAAGUGAAGAUGAUGAGAUUUUCCGAAGAAAAAGUAAAAAAACAAAAGGAAAUGUUUUGGAGUCCCCAGAGAAUCAGAAAAAUAGCGAAGUUGAUUCUCCACUUCAGGUUGUCAAAAAGCGCAGGGUUCCUCCAAACAGAUUAGAUUUAUCAUCUAGUGAUGAGAGUGAUAAUUUUCACAAACAAGAUCCACAGUCAGACGACUUCAGGGAUCAUAAGAGGAAUGCCAAAAGAAGCAUCAAAGUCCGAAAGAGACAGAAUCACCUAAAGCUCGUAGCUAGGAAGUUUUUAGAUGAAGAAGCAGAACUUUCCCAAGAAGAUGCAGAAUAUGUUUCAUCAGAUGAGAAUGAUGAGUCAGAAAAUGAACAAGACUCCUCACUCCUUGACUUUUUAAAUGAUGAGACUCAACUCUCACAGGCUAUAAAUGAUUCUGAAAUGAGAGCUGUUUACAUGAAAUCUGUGCGAAGUCCAUUGAUGAGCAAUCGAUACAAAAUGGUCCAUAAGAAACAUAACAUAAACAUUUUCUCCCAGAUUCCUGAGCAAGAUGAAACCUAUUUAGAAGACAGUUUUUGUGUUGAUGAAGAAGAGUCUUGCAAAAGCCAGUCAAGUGAAGAAGUUUGUGUUGAUUUUAACCUAAUAACUGAAGACUGUGAUACAAAUGAGAGUAAAAAAUAUAAAACCCGACGUGCAGUAAAGCUAAAACAAAUGAAGAUGAGACAAAACUGUGCACGUUCAAAAAAUAAAUUAUCCAGAAUUAUUUUACUGGAUGAUUCAAGCGAGGAGGAAAAGGAUGUGAAGGAUAAACAGGAAUCCAGGACUGUGGUUAACCCAAGCACAGUGCCUUCUGGGUCUUCAUUGCAGUCCAGGGACCACUCUAAUCCAGUGGGUAAUCAAUUGCUAAACCAGAGACAACAGACACCACCUAAUUUAAAGGUUCCCAAUUCUGACGUCUCAGACUUCAAACCUCAGAGCCAUACUAACACGGAAUCUGCCUCAUCAUUGCUCACUACUGGCAGUGCACAGGAAGCCGAUAGAAAGUUUCCGGUUCAGUUGAAGGGUGCUAGUGCUCUGGAGGAUUCUGGCACUUGCGUGCCAUGCUGUUCCAACUCACGACCACGUUUGGCUGACACACAUGCUUCUCUAAGACUGCCCCAAGAAGGCCGCAGAACUUGUAUUCUUGUAGAUAGUCGUGAAAUCGUUUCUGGUUCAGAAGUAGUUUCUUCCCUAAGAGCAAUCCAUGGCUUACAGGUAGAGGUCUGUCCUCUUAAUGGUUGUGAUUAUAUUGUGAGUAACCGCAUGGUGGUGGAAAGGAGGUCUCAGUCUGAGAUGCUAAAUAGCAUCAAUAAGAACAAGCUCGUCGAUCAGAUCCAGUACCUACAGAGCAUGUUUGAAAGAAUAUGUGUGAUUGUGGAAAAGGACAGAGAAAAAACAGGAGACACAUCCAGGAUGUUUAGGAGAACAAAGAGCUAUGACAGCCUGCUGGCUACCUUAAUUGGUGCUGGGAUCCGAAUUCUUUUCAGUUCCUGCCAAGAAGAAACUGCAGAUUUGCUAAAGGAAUUGUCUUUAGUGGAACAAAGAAAGAAUGUUGGCAUUCACGUUCCAACAGUGGUGAAGAGUACUACACGUGAAACUCUUCAGUUUUAUCUAAGUAUUCCCAAUGUAAGUUAUAUAACUGCACUGAAUAUGUGUCACCAGUUCUCAUCUGUGAAAAAGAUGACAAACAGCACACCUCAAGAAAUUUCGAUGUAUGCGCAAGUAACUCAUCAAAAGGCUGAGGAGAUCUAUAGAUAUAUUCACUAUAUAUUUGACAUGCAAAUGUUGCCAACUGAUCUUAACCAAGUGCUGAUACAGAGUAGGCUAAGCAGAUGACACUUUGUAACUACAGAGAAAAUGAAUGAAUGAAAAAGGACCAAGAACCUCAGACUCCUGUUUACAGCUACAUGCCUCUUAAAGGGUAGGUGAUUACAGAUGACUCCUUAAAUAUGUCAAAGGUUUAAUUUUCCUUUUAGAUUUAUUCCACAUGACAGAAGUUCCAGUAAAGUGUAAAGCCUUCCGAAAGUCUAAGAUCAAAGAUAGCUCAAAAUGGACAUUUCCAAAAGCAGAAAUUAAAAGCACUUUCCAUUGGUUAUAUGAGUAUAUACAUUUGUAAAUGCCCAUCAAAUUUUAUACCUAAAAUGGGUGGUUUAUCAGAUGUAAAUUAUACAUCAGUAAGAUUGUUUUUUAAAAAGUUAAAAAGUAGACGGACUUCCCUAGUGGCACAGUGGAUAAGAAUCCGCCUGCCAAUGCAAGAGACAUGGAUUCCACCCCUGGUCCGGAAAGAUUCCGCAUGCCUGGGAGCAACUGAGCCUGCCUGUCACAGCUCCUGGGCCUGCGUGAGCAACUACUGAAGCCCAUGCACCUGGAGCCCGCGCUCCAUAACGAGAGAAGCCACCCCAGUGAGAAGCCCGGGCAUCACAGCUGAAGAGUAGCCCUUCACGCUCUGUAAUUAGAGAAAGCCCAUGCAUAGCAACGAAGACCCAGCGCAACCACAAAAAGAAAUAACCUUUGUUUUAAAAGUUAAAAAGUACUUUACCUUAACUCUUCUAAAAAAUUAUCAAUAUACUCUUUCCAUUUUUCUGGAAAUCCAAACAUAAAUUUCCUUAUGAGAUAUUUUGGGUAACCUAUUUAAUGAUAAACAAACAGAAGUUAUCUGAAAGCCUAGAUUUUAAAGUCAUGUCAUUCAUUCAUUAAAUAAUUUAAAAAUAUAUACUUAAUUGCUUACUAUGUGCCAGGCACAGUCAUAGCUACUGAGGAUUCAGCAGUUAACAACAACAGCAAAUCUGCCUUCAUGAAAAUUGCCUUCUAAACAGAAAGCAAACCAGUAAUAUAUCUCAUUUGUUAGAGUGGUCAUUUAUGCUAUGGAGAAAAAGUAUGCAGUUAAGAGGAAUAGCAGUAUCAGUGUGUUCAUUUUAGGGGAGGAGAAAGCGGGCAAGCAGCAUUUCAAAAAAGGACAGACAAGUUCUCACUGAAAUAGCAUCAUCUGAGUAAAGCCCUGAAGUACAUGAAGUGAGCAAUGUGGCAAUAUGAGGUUAAAGCAAUGGAAGCAGAGGGAACACAGUCAAAGGCUAUGAAGCAAGAGUAUGCCUGGCUGGUUUGUAGAGCCACAGAGAGGUUGGUGUAGCUGAAGUGAAACAAGGAGAGGCAAGAACCAGGAGGCCACUUAGUACUCAGAUGGGUAACAGAGGCAGCUGGGAGAGAUUGUAAAGUCUUGGGGUCAUUUUAUGGACCGGAUCUUUUACUUUGGGUGAGAUAGGAAGUUAUAGAAAAAUUCUGAGUGGAGGAGCCAAAGAAUAUGACUUACUUUUUAACAGGCCUGAAUUAGUUGCUAUUUUGAGAACACUCUGUGGAAGUACAUGGAGAAGAUCAGGUUUUUGACAUAUUAACUCUGAGACACCUGUAGACAUCCUAGUGGAGAUGUCAAAUGAGCAGACAGAAAAUAAGUUGAGUGGCUAGGGGAGUCUUCUUCAUUUGACACUUGUCAAAAUAUGAAUGAAAUUUAACCCUAAAAGAAAUCAGCACAGCAUUGAGUAUAGAAAGAGCCCUAGUCUAUUCCAUUAUUUAGAGGAAAAGAAGAAGGAGAAAAGUAAGCUUAAAGAAACUAUGAAGGAACAGGGAGUGAGGCAGCAUGAAAAUAUGGUAUUCCAGAAGCCAAGUAAACAAAGUAUUUCAAGAAGGUAGGUGUGAUUACCGUAUCGCAUGUACACUGGAUUUAGCAAUGUGGGGGCCACUGGUGACUUUGAUAAGGGCUGUUUCAGUGAAGAAGUGGGGAUGAAGGAGAGACUAAAGAGAAUUCAAGAAAAAAGAUGGAAAAGAAUUCAAGAGGAAAUAGAUCUAAGUAUAACGAAUUGUCUGAGCUGUUUUGCUGUCAAUGAGAGCAACAGUAGCUGAAAGAAGUGUGGUUAAGAGGGUUUGCCCUCACCCUAUCUUUUUAAGGAAUAACUGAUGCAUAGCACAGUGUAAGUUUAAGGUGUACAGCAUGAUGGCUUAUUAAUAUAUAUCUUGCCAAAUGAUUAUAAUAGUUAAUAUGUACCAUCUCAUAUAGAUACAAUAAAAAGAAAAAAGGCAAUUUAAAAAUUUAUAAAUAAGAGAUAAAGAUUUAACAUCUGCACCUCUCCUUCCAAAUCCUCUCCUCACAUUUUUACAAUACUUUUAACUAUAUCAAAAAUUGUUUGUAUCAUUAUAACAAUGUGACUAUUGUUCACUGCUGAACCUAUUAGAAUAAUGAUUACAUACCCUUUCCCCAUGCUGUACCCUUCAUCCCUGUGACUCAUUUAUAACUAGAAUUCUGUGUUUUAAUCUCCCUCACCUAGUUCACUCAUUCCCUGAUCCCUCUCCCUUCUGGCAAGCAUCUGUUCUCUUUAUGGCAAGCAUGAGUCUGUGUUUUGACUUGUUCAUUUGCUUUGGUUUUUAGAUUCCACAUACACAUGGAAUCAUACAGUGUUUCUCUUUCUCUGAUUUCACUUAGUUUAAUACCUGUAGGUCCCUCCAUGUUGUCACAAUAGUAAGAUUUCGUUCUUUAUUUAAGGCUGAAUAAUAUUCUCUUGUAUAUGCAUACACCUCAUCUUCUUUAUGCACUCAUCCAUC